GCGGGUUUAACGUUUCUUUGCUUAUGGUUUGGUGUCCUCGGAGAUUGAGCAAGCUUGGCGAGUGGGAGAAACGCGAGGAGGGCGAGCGCUAUUCUCUGCUCUGUUUCACUGCUUUUCUUUCCUGUGGGAGAAAGGUGCGAUCGUUUUCGUCUCAUUUUGUCUAUCGUCUGAUCGAGAGGCAAUGGCGGAGGAGUAUAAACGUGGAGAAUGGAACACCUACGCCGCCGCUGUGGACGAAAAGCUAGAACUAAGGCUUGGCCUCCCUGGAGGUGAACACUGGUCGGCGGUGCAGGAGAAGAGAGAGCUUCCUAUUGAUCCUUCUCUCUCUCUCGGACACAUCUCCAAGCUUCCCAAGAGCAACUACGUUGCUGCUUCCUCUGCAACCAAAAGAGGCUCAACGAGUCCAGUUGUUUCCAAAACGGAAGCUUUUCGCCAGCACAAACAGCUUGGAUUCCGCCAAUCGCAGGGCAAAGGAACAGAUUCAUUUCAGAAAACAAAUGGAAACACAGAGCAGCAGCAGCAGCAGAGCCUUGUGGGGAAGUCCAAGAAUUCCACUAUAGUGCAAAUCGAUUCUCAUUCAAGAAUUAUGCCAGCACCUGUUGUUGGUUGGCCUCCCAUCCGCUCAUCCAGAAAGAAUCUUGCUGGAGCUGCUAAAUUGCCGAUUGAGUUUCAAAAUGGGAACUCCGAAGUUCUAAAGAAGUGCGAGAAUGAGAGGAAAUGCCUGUUUGUGAAAAUUAACAUGGAUGGCAUACCCAUUGGAAGAAAAGUAGACUUGUUGGCAUAUGAUAGCUACGAUAAGCUCUCAAUGGCUGUUGACGAUCUCUUCCGAGACCUCAUGGCAGAAAAACUUGUGAUUACUACUGGCUUAUUAGAUGGCCGUGGGGAAAACACUCUGGUUUACGAAGACGAUGAAGGGGACGAGAUGCUGGUUGGUGAUGUUCCAUGGGAAAUGUUUGUUUCCUCGGCCAAGAGACUACGAGUUUUGAAGAGCUGUGAUCUCUCUGCAUCAUCAGUAAAUGUGUUUGUUUCAGGAAGAGGGAGAAAGGCAAGAGCAAAUGUGCCUUGAGUUGGACCUCUAGGUCCUAGGAUUCUGUCAACUGCAUGUCUUCAUUUUUUUUGUUGUUUAAGCUGAAAGGGAUGAGUUCUUGCCUAUUUACUUUAGCUGGGCUUGCAGUGUAAAGAUCUUCGGAGACAUGUAUCUAUCAUGUAAAUUCAACGUAUAAUACGACAAUAUCUAUAGCUAGAUUCUGUCCAAA